CACAGACCGUCGUCAGCAUCCCAAAUUGGUGCUGCAGUCCGUCUGGUGCAGAUUGCAGAUGGUACAAGGAAUGUCUUGAGAAGCGUUAUCCGUGCAAACAGCAAAACAAUUCGUAUGCCCUUGACUACGCCGAGAAAUUUUGCAAUUUGUACCAAGAUCAUUACCAGAAAUUUAACACCAUUGCUCAAGAAUGGAUCGAUGCUGUACGGAAAUGCCUACAAGUUAAGCUUGUACCCAUCCUUAGACCAUUUGUCAUGGCAACAUGCGAGAGCAUCAAACAAACAGCCUUUGAUUCUCACCCUUCCUGCUAUCUUUACCCUGAUUUUGGAAAGCCUUCUAUCUGUGAGAUUGGUUGCGAUAACUGGGUUCGUAUAUUUUGGACUGUAAAAGGCGCGCUAAUUCAAGACGCUAUAGCUACCGUAAAACAAAUGUGGGAUGUUUAUGAGGCAUGUGAUUGUGAUGUACUAUCACUUGGAAUGGAGAUGAUACGGUUGGUAUUUCGACAUGUAUGGGGAAAAAUAGUGACAAACUUAAACAAAAUGGCCCAAAUUAUUGCAAAUCAAAUAUCAAGAAUAAAAGGUUGGUACAAAAGAGGGGUACUCAUUUUCGGGUUCCCAACUCCGGAAAGUCCAAAUCGUAAUAAACGUUCUGCUGACAAUAACACUGAUCUUUUUUACGUUAAUCUUUUGAUUGCUGCACAAUCCGAAUUCGACCUUAACGCGCCCAAUAUGCUCGCAACAAAUGUGUCAGCGGAGGCGAUAAGCGUAGCUAAAGCCAUUGAAAACGGCGAGAUUCGUUUAGAUAUUGAAGAAGGGAUCGAGUUUACAGGACUUAGUAUUUGCAUCGACUACAACUGUACAGAAACAUCUCUACAAGUUACACCAGCACAACAAGCACAACAAGAGAAACAAGACAAAGGAGGAGUAAAUCGUACGACCAUCAUCGUUGUAGUAUGUGCAGUAACAUUUGGAAUGAUUCUAGUAGUUUCGGGAGUUGUUAUACUGAAGAAGGUGCGCCGUUCCUAACCCGCUCCCAAAGACGUAUACAUGCAUGUGCUGUUGUACUUCAACCAAUGUUUUCGUUUGCUUUAAGAACAAAAAUAUUCAUACAACGCGUAAUAAUAUAUAAUAAUAUAUAUUUACAAGCACACAGUUUCAUCCUUUUGUGUGAGUGGUUUGUUUUUGUUUGUUUGUUGCUAUUGUUUUUGUUUUUUGUGUUUUUUUGUUGUUGUUUUUUGUGUGUCUUUUUUGUUGUUUUUUUUCUACGCGUACUAUGAUAUGUAGUUUGAUUUAAGUGAUGACGGUGACAGUAAAGGUCAAUUACCUUUUAUAUUCUGUGUAUGUCUGUGACAUUAAUCUUUUUUUAAGUUUAUGUUAUAUGAAUGAAUAUUUGAUAAAGUUAUCAUGUCUUUGUCCUUUAUUUGUUAGUGUUUGAUUUACAAGAUGUGUAGACAAUAUAUUGUAUCUAGAUUGGUAAAAUAGUUGACAUGUGCAUCAGAAAAGUCGAAAAUCAAGUUAUAUGAAAAUGUGUCAGUGCGCAGUGUAUGUGGAGCUUUCAAAAUUUUCAGCAACAAAACUAUCUUUUAAAACCAG